AUGGUGCUUUAUAUAAAUUUUACUGAACAACAUUGUGGUUGUAAUCGUCAUUUCAAUCUUUACUGUUUUCCAAGUUCUUUAAGAAAUUCUAGAGAAAGAGAAAAGUGGAAAGUUUUAUUAAAAAGGGAAGGAAAAAAUAGGAAAAAAUGGAAUCCAUGUGACAGUGAUAGUGUAUGUUCUAUUCAUUUUGUAGAUGGAAUACCUACCAUUGCAAAUCCACAUCCAACUUUACAUAUGGGAUAUAAUUGUACGUAUAUAAAGACAAGAAGAAGUUUAUAUAAGCGUUUUCCAAAAUCAAACUUUUCAGCUUCGAUAGGUAUUAGCACAGACAAUAAAAUGAACAAUUAUACAACCAAAGAUAGUACCAGUGAGUUAUUCAAUACCAGUGUAAAAUCAGAGUUAUGUAAUACCAGUGAGUUAUAUAAUACUAAUAAUGAUGAUACAAUUUAUUUACCACUACCAAGCUGUGAACAUUCAUAUGCUAGACAUUCAUUGUUAAAUAUGAGCGAAGGAUGGAUCUCUACAAUAGCUUUAUUUAAUGCUAUCUUCUCACUUAUUAUACCUUUUCUUCCAAUUCUAAGAUACUGGCGAGGACCCAAACAUGUUCAGAUCUUUGGCAAGUUAAAGCGCAAAUUUCAUUCACCUAAAUAUAGAAAACUUACACAUGGUGAUGAAUUUUUAUUAACACUUAUGCGACUUUGUCUUGGAAUUCUUAAUGAAGACAUUGCAGAACGAUUUGGAAUUUCUCCUACUACUUCUUCUAACACAUUUACCACAUGGAUGAAACUUUUAAGCAGUGUGUUAGGUAGUGUUCUUAUUGUAUGGCUUCCACAUGAAGUCAUCAGAAAAAAUUUGCCUAUAUUUCUUGUUGGAAUUUCUCCUAAUGGAUUUAUCACUUUUUUAUCUGAUUGUUAUGGUGGAAGAUGUUCUGAUAAUUUUAUAACAAAAGAUAGUGGUUUUUAUGACUUAUUAGAACGUGAUGAUGAAGUCAUGGCAGAUCGUGAAUUUCAAAUCCAAGAAGAACUUUUGUUAAGAUUUUGUACUUUAAUCGUUCCUCCAGGUGCUCGUCUUAAAAGUCAAAUGAUGCAAAAUGCAAAAAAAAACAAAAAAAUAGCUAACUUGAGGAUACAUGUAGAAAGAGUAAUAAAUAGAUUGAAAACCUAUAGAAUUUUAAAGAAUGUUUUUCCUUAA